AUGGAGGGGCUCGACGUCGACGAAGUCUUCCACCACUACCGGCUGAGCCCUACGGAAGUGGAGGCCGUCACCUACUACCUGCCACGCCUCCUCUCCGGCGAGACGCUGCAGGCCGUCGACAAGCUCAUCCACCGCGUCGAAAUCUCCGGCUGCGAGCCCAAGGAUCUGGCCGCCCGAUACGCGCCCGUGCCGCAGGCCGUGAGCAGCGGCGACCGGUUCUUCUUCACCACGUGCAAGAGCAAGAACGGGAGCAAGCUCCAGAGCGUGCGCGGCGCCGGCGCCGGCACCUGGAGCAUCCAGAAGACCACGGAGAUUAGCCACGCGGGAGUCAAGGUCGGCGAGGUCAGGAACCUGUCCUUCAAGAAGAAGGGCAAGUCGACAGGCUGGGUCAUGGAGGAAUACCAGUGCCUGCUGCCGGAGGCCACCGUCUCCGACGGGGUGAAGGUGUUCUGCAAGAUGCACUUGGCUCAGCAUGCCCCUGACGCGGCCCGCCAGGAAUCGGCCGCGUACAAGCUUCAGCAACAGCAACCAGAGGCCGCGACCCCGAGCACGCACGCGCAGAAGAGGCCAGCGACCGCUGCCGCCGCCGAUCCUCAUCCGCCGCGCCCCAAGAAGAGGACGUGCGUUGCCGACCCCGUCCCGGUCCCGGCAUCUGCCACACCGUCGUUCUUGAUGUAUGAUGAGGCAGCCAGAGCAAUGCAUGGCCCGCUGCCUCACACCAACUUCCCUGUUCAGUAUGCACAAGCAUCAUGCGAGUCCACUACAACAUCCAGCCGCUCCGACGUUGCUCAAGCUCCUGAGAUUUCCUCCCAGUCACAUGUGAUGGAGUGCACCCAAUCACAAGAGGCUGGCUCGAGCAUUGCAAGGAGCACAUCUGAAGAGGAUGUCUUUGAGCCAUUGGGGCCUAUUUCCGAUUUGCCGGAUUGUGGGGAAGAUGGUUUUGAUCUUGAAGAACUUAUGAGAAUGAUGGAAGACGACCCAAUUGAAGUUGAGCCGGUCACUGAAGCCAACACUGGCGUGGAGAUGGGCCAACAGGAACCUCUGUACCUGGAUGCCUUGGACCAAGGCGUGCUGGAGGGCAUGCUGCAGUCUGAUGACCCUUACCCAAUGUGGAGAUCAGAGGAUCAGGCCAUGCACAACCCUGCCUUCCAUGAUGCUGACAAGGAGAAGAGGUACAAUGCCGCGUCGGAUCUUGACGCUCCAUGGCUUCAGGGACAGGACCACUUGUUCAAACCGCGGCCGUGCCCCUUCGAUCCAUUUGAAGCAGCGUGGAAGGCCGAAGAGGCGCUCGAGAAGGAGAAGAGGUGCAAUGCCGCGGCCAAUCUUCACGCUGGAGGGCACAACAACUUCUUCUCGCCUGCAAGUGUCUAUUAA